AUGGACGCCCUCCUCCUCAAAGCCCAAGCUUACAUUGCUUUCGAGGAAGGCGAAGCAGUUGUGAAGAAAGCCUCAAGAGGCAACGACACUGCCCGCAGCUCAAGCCAAGACUGCUCUCUUUUGCGCCGGGGCCACGAAAAAAGAAAAGAUGACAUGCCCCGCGACACGAAGGAACACAGGGGACCAUCUGGUCGUUUCAAUGACUACACCCCCCUGAACGCUUCACGCGAGCGUAUUCUAUCCGAAUGCAAGAGCACCGAGUUCAAAAACUCCAACGUUAAGCCCCCGAGGCCAAAUCCCACCAGGCCAGGGACUGACAAAUCCAAAUACUGCAAGUAUCACAAAAGUCACGGGCAUCUGAGCGACGAAUGCAUACACCUCAAAGAUGCCAUCGAGACUCUGAUUAAGGAAGGUCGUCUGUCUAAAUACACGAAGAAGGGAGAAUCUUCCCGGAGAGAAGGGGCAAGGAACUCUGACAACGAUAACUCACCAGAUAGCCGACCAUUGCAGGUUGCUCUGUCCGUCACCCGACCAGAGGACUUCAUAUCUUCGGUUGGAGUGACCUCUGCUUUUAGCACAUGGGAAGGAUUCCCGACCGCGAUGGUCAUCUCCAACGGCAGGGAUCCAGGUUCUCUCACGAUCGGCUCAGUAAAAAGAAUGUUUGACGAGCUGAUCAGCGCCAAUUCAGAUCUUGGCCCGACCCUUCAGAAGUUCAGAGUAAAAUCAGACCCAGUCACCUUCUACCUCGAAGAUCUCCCCGGAGGAGCCCCAAAUGCCACGAUCCCCCUGCUCGUUCGAGCAAGUAUGGCUAAUUUUGAUGUCUUUCGGAUCCUUAUCGACGAGGGAAGCUCAGUCGACAUCAUGUACUCCCAUCUUUUUCAGACCCUCAAGCUGGACGACUCCCAUCUCACUCCAUAUGUAGGCUCCGAUCUCCAGGGCUUCAACGGGACUACCACCAAACCCCGGGGUUACGUCGAAUUGAUCGUCACUUUCGGGGAAGGAUAA